GUAAUCUCAAUCGUAUCGUCCACCUCAACAAACCUUCGUCCACGCUUCGACUCCUGCAGGAGUGAGGGAGAGAGUGAUGGAGAGGUGCGGGAGCUGGGACUGCGACGCGGCGGCAGCGCAGAAGGCGGUACCGGCGCCGUUCCUGACCAAGACGUACCAGCUGGUGGACGACCCGGCCACGGACCACAUCGUCUCCUGGGGGGACGACCGGGUCUCCACCUUCGUGGUCUGGCGCCCGCCGGAGUUCGCGCGCGACAUCCUCCCCAACUACUUCAAGCACAACAACUUCUCCUCCUUCGUUCGACAGCUAAACACCUACGGGUUCCGGAAGGUCGUCCCGGAGCGGUGGGAGUUCGGGAACGAGUUCUUCCGGAAGGGGGAGAAGCAGCUGCUGUGCGAGAUCCACCGGCGGAAGACGUCGACGUCCGCGGCUCCGCCGUCGCCUCCGCCAUUCUUCGCGGCGCCUCACUUCCCGCUCUUCCACCCGGACGCCCCGCACCACCACCACCACCACCAGUUCGUGGGGGGAGGAGACGACGGGGCUGUGGCGGCCGCGCACGUCGGCGGCGUCGGCGUCGCCCUCGCGUUCCCGCACCCGCAUUGUUGGAGGGAGCCGCCGCACUCCGCCGCGCCGGUAGCCACGCGGCUGCUAGCCCUGGGCGCGGCUCCUCCGGCGCCGUCGUCCCCGCUGCCGGCCGCCGAUGCCGGCGGAGGCGGGCGCGCGGCCGUGCUGGUGGAGGAGAACGAGCGGCUGCGGCGCAGCAACGCGGCGCUGCUGCAGGAGCUGGCGCACAUGCGCAAGCUGUACAACGACAUCAUCUACUUCGUGCAGAACCACGUGCGCCCCGCGGCGCCCAGCCCUGCCGCGGCCGCGUUCCUGCAGGGCCUCGGCCUGCAGGCGCGCAAGAAGCCCGCCGCGGGGCCGCUCAACCACUCCGGUGGGAGCACCACGUCCAGCAGCUCGCUCACCAUCGCGGAGGAGGAGCCCUCGCCCCCGCCCCCGCCGCAGCAGGCCGACAAGAGCGCCGGAAGCAGCGGCACUGCGCGGUCUGCCGCCGACCGCGCGCCGCCCACCAUGCUCUUCGGAGUGCACCUCAGCGCCGCGCGAGGCAGCAAGAGGCCGGCUUCCCCGGAGGAAGAAGACGACCAGUCGCCCACGUCGCCUGCUGGGAAGCCACGGCUGGCGCUGGAGUGCGCCGGCUUGAGCCUGGCCGUCGCGGUGCCCUCCGCCGGCGCCUCGUCCCCUGCUAGCACUAGCUAGCUAAGCUCACUCACCUUGCGCGCAACCUGACGCGCGUUUGCAUGCUGCUGCAUGCAAACGCAACGGCGGGCGUGGCCGUUUUGUUGUUCUAGCUCUAGUUUGAUCGACGUGUUCCAUUUGAACCGGUAGAUCCAGAUGGGUUCUCUC